AGUAUCGCUAAAAUGGAUCUUCCUGUGAGACAAUUUACUUUACUGUCGCUCAUUUUUCUUCCCAUGCAUUCCAAUGGGUUUCCAAAUGGAAAAGUGGAGAUUGCAUGCAGAACAAUGAUGCCGUCGCAUGAUGGUGUUGAUGCUCAAAUAUCUCCUUCUCCGUAUAGCCUGAGCUUCUCUAGUGUCAACUACACAGGAAUAUUAGGAUUUAUAGUUACUCUUGGAAAAGAACUUCCUAAUGCAACUGACUUCAAAGGCUUCAUGUUUCAGGCCCGGGCACCAGGUCAAAUCACCCCCCAGGGCACAUUCGUUGUCACCAGCCCUGACGCACAGACCCUGACUUGUACUAGUACUAACGAUACGGUGAGUCACACUUCUAACAGCAUGAAAUCCAGUGUAUCCGUGAUUUGGCUUCCACCAAAAAAAGCCAUUACAAACAUACAAUUCAGGGCUGCAGUGGUGCAAACGAAGCCCAUAUUUUGGAUAAAUGUUUUGAGUGACAUCAUCCCACUCGCUGGUGCAGGAGCCCAAGUCUUGGCUCCGGGCCCUCUAUUGUGCAGCACCGUGCUCGCCUAUGUUCUUUUCACCAUUUAAAUGAACCUCUGGAAGACCCCGCGUCUACAAACUAUAGUGAUGUACGUUCUGCAUGAAGGCUGAAAGCCAGAAGCAUUAUUGUCUGUAUCAUGCAUUUUUUUUUAUAUACUUAUUUUAACAUAAAAAAAAUAAUAAUUUGAUGACACAUUGCCUUUAAAUUUUGGUAACUUUUUUUUAUAAUUGUUAUAAAAAAAAAAUGAGAUUUUUUUUUUUUUUUUAAUCUGACAAUCUUGCAGUUCUCACUCUGGCCACUAAACCUAACAAUAGGUUGACACUUCAAGAAAACUUGUCUCCCCCUCCCCGCAUAUUGACCUCUGCACAGGUCACCUAACAUGUCCACAACACUCGGCUUGGCUACAGAAGUCAAUAGGUGAUGAUGGACAGUUUUCUUCCCGCCCCUCUGCACAGGUCACUUAGCAUGUCCAUAACAUUCUCCCUUAGGUGUCAAUGAACAUCUUCUGUUCACACGUGCCUAUGAUCUGUGCGGUUGAUGGAUGCCCCCCAUAAUAAAGUAUAGA